CUCUCUUCUUUAAUACUACUAAGUAAAAAAAAUCACAUUGUAGAAAGGAAUUGCUUUUUGGAUGAUAGGCAUACGCAAAUCAAAUGAUAUCAUCAGAUUAUUUGUAGCGAGCCAAUUUGCACAGAGAGAGAGAGAGAGAGAAACUCACAAUAAAGGGGAACUUUGAUUGAGAGAGAGGGAGAGAGAGAAUGAAGGGAGGGAUGAUUGCUUAUUUGCUUUCUCUGUUUUCCUUUGAACAAUAGAGAAAAGACUUCUCUUUUAUUAUAACACAAAAAUGGCAAAUUUUUAAUUAAAAGACCAAAACCCAUUUAGGAUUUUAGCUGAAAACUAAUCUGAGGGAGUCAGAAAAGUGUCAUCUUCAUCAGAAACAUAUUCAUUUCUUUUCCCUUUUUUUUUUUAAUUUUAAUUUUUUUCAUUUUGGUGUUUCUGGGUUUCUGGGGGGGGGGUUGGCCUGGCCUGGCCCUUUUUGACUGUCCUUCUCUUGUUUUCUCAGGUACACACAUUUAUAUCUUUUGAUGAUCAUCAUCAUUUUUGAAUCAUUGAUCUCUUUGAUUUUUUUGAUUUAACUUUCUGGGGUCUUUUUUGGAAAUCAAUGGUGUCUUUCAAUUCAACUGAGAGGCGGUGGUUUAUGUACUGUUAAAAUAAUGGUUUGUUUAUGUUGCGUUCGGCUCAUUGUUUACAAGUUGAUCUGGUCUUUUCUGAGUUAUUAGUAUAGAAGGGUUGUUAUAAUGGGCGGGUUUGAUGACCAUGUUGCUAUAAUUGGGGAUUGGAUGCCUCCUAGCCUGAGUCCAGGAUCCCGCUUUUCGUCUAUGUCGGGUGAUGAUGGUACUUCAAGGUCAGUUCUGGACCCAAUGGCCGGUGGAUUUCAAUCUGGAUUCUCCUUCCCGGGGUCCCUAGACAAUCGUGCAUCUACUAAUUCUAAUCAAAAGAAUGAUGGGGUUUCUGUUUGUCAAACGGGUAGUUUCAGUUUGCUGUCUGAGCAGAGAAUGAGCAGCGCCACCAGGGGGGGACUUGUGGAAAGGGUGGCAGCCAGAGGUUUUAAUGCCCCAAGGUUGAAUACAGAAAGCAUUAGACCUCCUGUUGAUCUUUCACCAACCGUUGAUGGUGUACGGUCACCGUACUUAACGAUUCCUCCUGGUCUUAGCCCUACAACCCUGCUGGAUUCUCCUGUGUUCCUGUCGAAUGCUUUGGUGCAAUCAUCUCCAACUACUGGUAAAUUUGGAUUUCUCCCAAAUUUCAGUGGCCAAAACCCAUCAUUGAUGGAGUUUUCAGACAAGGUUAAAGACAGCAACUUUUAUGAGAAUUUGAACUCGGCAUCAUUUGCAUUCAAGCCCAUUCCCAACUCUGGUCCACCUUUUCAGUUUAAUGGAUCAAACAAGGUUACAUCAACUAGUCUUUCUCAGCAGUCUAUUCCCAAUAUUGAGGUAUCUGUAGAUUCAGAGAACACAUUGCCCGCUCAAAGUAUGGAACCCUCCGAAAACACAUUACUGAAUCAACAGGCAGAAUUAGUUGGUAGGGUUGACCAUUCUCCACCUCUUGACGAGCUGCCCGAUGAGGAUACAGACCAAAGGGGCGGUGGAGAUCCAAACUUCAUCGGCGGCCCGGCGGAAGACGGUUAUAAUUGGAGGAAGUAUGGACAAAAACAAGUAAAAGGGAGUGAAUAUCCACGAAGUUAUUACAAGUGCACACAUCCCAGUUGCCCGGUCAAGAAGAAGGUGGAAAGAUCACAAGAGGGACAUAUUACAGAGAUUAUUUAUAAGGGCGCACAUAAUCACUCAAAACCACCUCCUAAUCGCAGAUCGGGACUUGGAUCAUCCUCAAAUGCACUUGGCGAGAAUAUCCAACUGGAGAAUGGGGAGCAAUUCGGAACAGGCACUGAUGGUGAUCGUCCAGGAUGGACAACAAUGAGGCAUGACAAUCUCGAGGUGACAUCUUCUGGUGCUGUGAGACGCGAAUAUGGGAAUGGAACUACUACUUCUUUACAGGCAUCUCAGAAUGGUAGCCAGUUGGAAUCUGGAGAUGCAGUAGAUGGUUCUUCUACAUUUUCAAAUGAUGAAGAUGACGAGGAUCGAGUUACACAUGGCAGUGUAUCAUUAGGAGGAUAUGAUGGCGAAGGAGAUGAAUCUGAGUCAAAAAGAAGGAAGGUUGAAACUUAUGGAAGUGAUAUGAGUGGAGCCACCAGAGCCAUCAGGGAGCCUAGAGUUGUUGUUCAAACCACUAGUGAAGUGGAUAUUCUAGAUGAUGGGUAUCGCUGGCGCAAGUAUGGGCAAAAAGUUGUGAAAGGAAAUCCUAAUCCAAGGAGUUACUAUAAGUGCACAAGUGCCGGCUGCAAUGUCAGGAAACAUGUUGAAAGGGCUUCACAUGACCUGAAAUCAGUGAUCACAACAUAUGAAGGAAAGCACAAUCAUGAUGUUCCUGCAGCUCGAAAUAGCAGUCACGCAAACUCGGGGGGAAUGAUUUCCAGCAACAACCUUCCUACACAACAUGCAGCUGUUGCUGUUCAAAACCAUGUGCUGAGUAGGCCUGAGCCUUCACAUCUUCAUAACAGCAUGGUACAAUUCGAACGUCCUCCUCUCAGUUCAUUUGCUUUGGCUGGAAGGCCUCCUCUAGGGCCCCAUCCUCACGGGUUUGGCUAUGGAUUAAACCAACCGGGCCUAUCCAAUCUGACAAUGGCUGGGGUGGGAGGACCUGGUCAGGGAAACCUUUCGGUUCUUCCUGUCAAUCCAUAUAUUGUGCAGCAGCCACAACGCCCCAUGAGUAACGAUAUGACCCGGCUCAUGUUUCCAAAGGGAGAACUUAAGGCUGAGCCAAUGUCAGAUUCUUCAGGCUUGAACAAUCUUUCUAAUGGCUCAUCAUCGGUUUACCAGCAAGCUAUGAAUAGGCUGCCUCUUGGACCCUAGAAGAUGUAAAUAUUAAGAAUUUUGUUUGCCCGGUGGAGAGAGAGAAAGAGAGAGUAAAGAAGAUGUCAAACGUUUAUAAGUUAAAUUUCUGGUAUAUCUUUCUUGUCACAUUUUCCUCUAUUCUUUUCCUUUUGGGAUAUCAUUUACCAACGAUCUCCUGAACAUCGUACCCAAAAAUAGUUUUGGUAUUCGAAAAUGGAAACAUUUUUUGUCACCAUCUCUUAUUACGAAGUUCUAAUGUGUUGGAAUCAUUUAAUAAUUAAUAAGUG